AUGAGGCAAACAAAACCGAUUUUACAGUCUAAUGUAGAGAUGUUGAGACAUGUUGUAGAGUUGUACUCCCCAGAAAUUUUUCAAACGUUUCAAAAUGAAUAUAUGAAGAUUGCUGAUUGUACUAUUUACAAGGCUAAUAAAUCUGAUACUAUCACAGAAUACAAGGUCAAAUAUAGUCAAAGAAUUCAAGAGCACCUAGUUAAAUAUGAAGCCUCAACUACUUCGGUGGAAUGCAGUUGCAAGAAGUUCAGCUUUGUAGGAAUUCUGUGUGCCCAUGCUUUGAAAGUUCUUGAACAUAAAAAUGUUAAGAGACUUCCCGUUCAUUAUGUAUUGAAAAGAUGGACGCAAGAUGCAAAGGCUGGUUCUAUCAAGGACUAUCAUGGCAUUGAUAUUAAAGGUAAUGCUCAAGAGUCAAUAGGAAAACGCUACUCUUAUUUGAGCCACAAUGCUCGUGAAAUUUCUACACUUGCGGCAGAGAAUGAGAUAAUGUAUGAACAUACCAAAGAAUCUUUUGAAAAAUUAAUGAAGGAAUUGCAAGAGAUUAGAAAAAAAUGUCAUUCGAAUAAUAUGGAAAGUUGCAUAGAGGUCCAUGAUGAUGUUACUACAGAUGUUUUACAAGGUGAUAGCAUAUGUAGGAUUAAAACAAAACCUACUGUUGGGCGUCCAAAGAGAAGGUUGAAAUCUGCAUUAGAGAAGAAAAAUGGUUUCAAUAGCUACUUCUGA